UGUAUCUGCAAUCCCAGGUCCAACCUGCCAAAGGGCAAAGACAGCUAAACUUGGUCUCUGUCACUCUGUCUCUCCAGCCUUUUCCUCUUGGGCAGCAUUAAAGACAAACGUUAGAAAAUAUCUGGACUUUUUCGCCGUCUGAUAAAAGAAAGGAAGUUCUGAUUUACAAAGAAGAGUCUGGCUUAAGAGUUUUUCACGCUGGAAUACCCGGUAGGAUUAAAUCGCUCAGAGGAGUGAGGAAAAUCCUGAUGUUUUGUCUUCAUGGAAACAUAAUCUGCUGAAGGAUUGAAGCCUUUUCAGAAGGAUUUUAAUUCUGGAAGUAUGACUGAAGCAGCUGAAGCUCGAUCGUCAGUGACAACCACCAUGGUCAUCGACGGGAAGGCCGGGGACGCCGGCUCGACGACUCUCCGGUCGUCGAAGAAAACGUUUACGGAUGACUUCUACUCCACGUUCAGCUCCCCUCUGGCCUGGAUCCUGGUUCUGGCACUAAUCAUCACCUGGACAUGCGUGUUCAUUAUUAUGUUUGAUGUGGCCGACUACAAGACCAUUGCAGGGGGCCUCAGUAAGUUCGGCUCAGAUCCUGUGAAGGUGGUGAACGAUGCCGUGGACGAAUCAACAAACAUUAUUAGCGCCGUGUUCAGUUUCGCUGCGAACCUCAUCGCUCCAGACGAAGAAGAAGGAACGCUGUAUGCAGUGAGGAAAAAAGGUUUGUGCUACAGCAGCUUCAUCCAGUCAUUCAUGCUUUCUCAAUCGUUAAUUUUUUGUGCAGAUGAGGAGGAUGAAGAAGCUGCAGCUGCUGAUGAAGAGGAUGAAGAAGCUGCAGCUGCUGAUGAAGAGGAGGAGGCGUCUCCUGAACCCGUUUCCACCUCAGACGAUGAAGAGGCGUCUCUGUCUCCUGAUUCCGACGUUCCCGUUGUCGUCACAGGCAGCGAUGAAGACGCGCCUGACGAUGAUGAUGAUGUCAAAGAUGAAGAUGACAGCAGUGACGAUGCGUUUGUGGAUUCCUCAGAAAUCAGUGACUCAGCACUUCUGUCCAGUGAGGAAGAUGAUGAAGAUGACAGACUUGCAGCGACGUCAGACAGCGAUGAUGUCAUCGGAGAGGACACUGAGGAAGACUUGGAUCUAGAUCUUCAUCACAUAGCAGUUUCUAGUGAUGAAGAGGAAGAUCUUAAAGUUAAAGAUGAGGAAGAUCUUUCUCCUCUACCACCUGUCGAUGAUGAUGAUGAUGAUGAUGAUGAUGAUGAUGAUGAUGAUGAUGAUGAUGAUGAUGAAAUAAAGGUUUCUGAGGAAGAUGAAGAUGAUCUGGACCAAUCAGACGACGUUUCUGUGGCUUCCUCUGAACUGUUUGCAGAUGAUGAAGAUGAAGGUAAAGAUGAAGACCUUGAUAAGGACGACCUCAUUGACCUUCAGGUUGAUGAAGAUGAAGAUGAUCUUGACAAACCUUUAGAGGAGGAAGAAAAAGAAGUAGCAGAGGAGGAAGAGGAAGAGGAAGAGGCAGAUAUUCUUCCUUUGGUCAGCUCAGACAGUGGAGUGUUGGGCGACGAAGAUGACGACGAUGAUGAAGAUCUUGAUGAAGAAUCUCUGAGUGAUGAUGAAGAUGAAACAGAGGAAGACGAUGUUGAGACGAGCUUCGAUGAUGAAGAGGAGAAAGAAGUGAUAGAAACACUGGUUGGCACUGAGGAAGACAUUGAUGAAGUCGAGGAUGACGAAGGUGAAGAUGAGGAAGAUGAUGAUGAUGGACUUGAUGACAUCAUGUUGUCAGCCGCCAUUGCAGCAGCGAUCACUGGCCAGGAGGUGGCAGCAAAGACCACCAUAGAUGAUGAAGAGGCUGAAGCUGAUAAAGACAAGGUGGAGGAAGAUGAAACGGAAGAAGCUGAAACCAGCCAGCCUGCUGCUCCCGAGGAGAAAGAUGAAGAAGAAGCUGAAGAACCUCUUCCUACGCCUCAGAAAACCAUCGACAAAUCCGAAGAUAAGGAAGAGGAGUACGAUGAAGAUGGAGACGAAGAAAAGGCCACAGUGGAUGUGAUUAAACCUGUGCCUGAGCCAGAGGAGGAAACACCCAAAACAGAACCAGCAGAGUGUCCCUGCAUGCACUCUGCAAAGACGAAAGAGACUGUUACCAAGACUGCAGAUAAAAAAGAUGCUCCCAGGAGGGUGUCGGCUGUGCGACGGAAAAAAGAACAGGAAGCUGUGAAGAAGAUAGAUGAAAAGCCAAGAAGACAAGCUCUUCCAAGAUUUCCAGCUCUGGAGCCAAAAGCCAAGAGAAUCCGAAGAUUAGCUCCUCUUCUGAAAGCUAAGAUAAAACAGAAGAGCAAGAUGUCAAAAACAGUGAUGGAGACCAAGCAACAGGAAGAGACCAUAGAGUCUGCACAGGAAGUCAGUCCCUGCAGACCUGCUCCAGUUUACUGCCCGGCCCCCCCAGGAUGGUACGUUCAUCACAUCGUCACAGACAAUCCGUACCCUCCUCCAACCAUGUCAGCUCCCUCUGCUCCGAUUGUGACCGUUCACCCUCCAGCUCCUUCAUCACAGCCUCCAUAUCAGCAGCCUCCUCCUCCACUAAUGCAGCCGCUCUAUGCUCACUAUCAGCCAUAUCAGCCACUAGUGCAACCUGUAAUGCCAGCUCCUGCAGAGCCUUCUCCACCAGUACAACCAGAACAGCCAGAGGCUCCACAACCUGAACCACCGGUGGAGCCUGAGGUACCGACUCCAGCUGCUGAAGCUCCGCCAGCAGCAGCUGAAGUCCCGGAACCAGAGAAAGUUGUGGAAGAACCAAAAGCUCCCUCAAUGAAGAAAGUUGCAAAGAAAAAAACCAAGGUUGCUGAUUCAGUAAAAGAGAAGCUUCCAAAGGAGAAAUCCAAACUUCCAGCUGAAGCUAAAACAGAGAAGUCUGCAAAAGUGAAAUCAAAACUUCCAACUGAAGUUAAAAAAGAGAGGCCUGCAAAAGAGAAAACCAAAUCCAGAAAAGAGCCUGCAGCUGUACAGCAGAAGAGGAAAUCAGUGUCUAAGAGGACAGCGCCGGCUGUCAAGAGCAAAGUCAAAGCAUCCAAAGAUAAGAAAGAACCAGAAUCACGUCCACAGCCUCUGAGACUGAGGACGAGACUGGAAGCUGGCAGGACGACAAACGUGACCACUAGAGCCGAGCCAAAGAAACCAGUCAGAGUUUCCUUUAAGUCAGAAAAAACUGCAAAGGCUGAAAAGAAACCAGCCAGAGAAGCUGAAGAUAAAGUCAAACAGCCACCAAAAACUCAGGAGCCUGAGACUGAAGACAAUGUUACAGAGAAGACGGAAAAGAAGAAACCGAGUCAGAAAUACUUCCAGUGCAUCUAUUUCCCAGGAAAACACGCACACUACCCUUUACGACCUUUCACCCCGGCCAUGUCUCCCGCCAUGCUGUCCCCUGCUGUACGGUCGAUGCUGGAGCAGCAGAGAGCAGCCAGGGCAGCGGGCCACUGACCCGACUGACGGACAGAUCUCUAAUUCUGUGACUUCCUCUGCCUGCGAUUCAGACACAGGCAGGAAAACGCAAACAGGACGGAUAGAUUUUAGUUAUUAACUGAUUUAUUCAGUGGUUGAGCUGCUGGGGACGCUCCUGAAAUGUUCUCAGUCUUUUGCACCCACAGCUACUUUUACUGCAGUACAUUGUGACUAUGUUUAGAUUUUCUUUGCAAAUACAAAAUAAAUUUCCAAUCAACCCUUUUAUAUAUAUAUAAUUUAUAUAUAAUUUUAACCACAAGGAAUUUCAAAGCCGACAGUUUUUACCUUUAUCUGCUCCACUACUAAAUGUCACAGCAGUGACCUGCUGUUCGUCACAGAUCACCUGUGGGUGCAAGAGAUUAGCAUGCUAGCAGUGAAGACUCCACACCCAGAGGCUCCCACUUUUAUCCCAGCAGCGUUCCCGUCUCCAAACAUCCAGCAGUAAAAUCCUGCUGCAUGGUAAUAAAAACUGAGAGGCUCUCUGUCAGAGAACAGGAUGCUGUCCUGGUCUAACCUUUAAAUAUUCAAAUUACAGCCAUUUCUCCUCCUAUAGUCUGAAUCCCAGAAAAGAAGCCAAUUCCUUCCUUUUUCAUGCCAUCAAGUGAGACCCAACUGCAACGCAAAAAUGUGCUUUUACAAACAUGCAUAUAUAAAACAAUAAUUUAAAAAAAAGAGUAUGUUAAAGAGAAACAAAACGAGAAAAAUGUUGUACAUUACUGUACAAAACAAAUUAUAGCAAAAAUGAAAAGUAUUGCGAUUUAAAUAUAUGGAAUUAGAACUGGGUAAUGUGGAGAUUUCUACUUAGCAGUGUGUGUCAAAAUUUGCAAACAAUAAUAUUUAUCUGCAGGAGUUUUAACGUGACGCGUUUGGAGACGGGGAAACUGCAGGACAACUUAGACGUGACCAACUGAAGCGAUGCGGUGAAUGAAUGUAGUUUUCUUAUCGGCCUGUGAAGCGGGCCUGAUACGCUGUCGUUGUUUUACCUCGAUUCUUCUCGGUUCUGGUGAUGUGACUCAGCAACAAGUUCACCGUUCUGGUUUUAUGACUUGCUGAGCGCUGCUAGACAUUUCCUUCUGUUGUCUUAUUGAAUAGAAAUCUAUGCUACUGUAAAGGAACCAAAAGGGAGUUUCUACUCCCACGAUGGUUCACUCCUGAUGGUUCUGUGCACGAUUGUUAAAAUUAAAUAUUUUAUUUAUGUGACAGAAUAGUCCAGGGUACUCGUACUGCUGCAGAGGGGCUAAAUAAAGCAGUUUGACAUGUGGGACUGAAGUGCGGCUAAGCUGCGCCGAAUUAUGCGCUAGCUGAUCUUUUUGAAAUGUUAGCAAUGAGUAAAGAAAAACUAUUAAAGUGCAGAGUUUAGUUUUGUAAACCUGCAGAGAUUUUAUGUCAUGUAAACCAGCGGAUCCCCGACAAUCCGCGUUUUCUGAGGAAUUCAUUUCCAAACUAUUCACAGAAAAAUCCCAGAUUCAAGGAUUUAUUUCUUACAGUGUUUCUAAAAUAUUUGAAAGAAAAUGCAGCCUGGGAAGCUGAAAUAUUUUGGCACAAUUCUACUUGUCGUUCGCAAAGCAGCCAAUCCAGAGACGAGCCAUUUCAUUUUCUAGGCACUGACUGGCUGACCAGAGAUGACGAUGAAAAGAGGAGUGCUAAGUUUCCUCUGUGCAUAUUAAUGAAUGUUAAGGUAUAUUUGGAGUUUGAAUAAUGUUUAGAGGUGGACUGGAGUAUUUUUGCUGCUUGUUGGUGACUUUGGUCCCAAACCCAUAAAUACCAGGGAUCCACCAUUUAUUACCAAAAAAGUCAAAGUUCUGAGAUUCAUGGACAAUGUGGACAUUUCUGACAAGUUUUCCAAAGCUGCUCAAAUGUGUAAUUCUUUGUUAAUUUUGAGAUUACCAGUUACCAUUUAGAGCAAACUUCCUCAGAAAGUCAGAACGUUUGGGUGGAAAGCAUCAUUUUAUGUCUGCCAAACGUCUCGUUUUGGUUCACUAUGAUGCAUUUAACCCUCAGGUUUGUUGAAAACUUUGAGUCCAAAUCUAAAAUGGGUUCCAGGAAACUCUGGUCUCAGUUCUUCACAGGACCGGCCUGACCACAGGGAACGUGUGUGUCGGCGUGGCCUUAAAUCACACCUGCAUACCAGGUGUUGGCCUUCAGUCGUGUUUGCAGCUUAUUUUUGUGUUAUUUACAUUAA